AUGCCUAGUAGCACUGCUGUGAAUGCCGGAUACUGGUACUGGAAUGGUGAGUUGCAGCCGGAGAACAUAGAUUCCAACCUUUUUACCCAUCUUUUUGCUGCCUUUGCCGAUGUACAGACCAACACUUCCACCGGUACCCACGACCUCAUCUUUCCUACCGACUAUGAGGAUAAGUUUCAAUCCUUCGCCGAAACCGUGAAGAUCAAUAACCCUGAUGUUAGAGCCCUUUUAUCCAUCGGUGGAGACACUGAUCCUUCCGUUUUUACCGAAAUCGCUAGCAAACAAACUACCCGUCAAGCAUUCAUAGCAACGUGCAUUGAAGUAGCCACGAGAUUCAACUACGAUGGCCUUAGCCUCCACUGGCAGUAUCCCAACACGACCGAUGAUAGGAACAACCUCGACGCACUCCUCACAGAAUGGCGAACUGCAGUGAAGGAAGAGGCGCCUGAGCUGCUUCUAACCGCAGCCGUCUAUUACUCACCACAGUAUUAUCCCACUGAUGCUAUCAAAAAUUCCUUGGACUGGAUCAACGUCAUGGCCUAUGACUUGUAUACCCCUACCUCUGAUUCCUCACCCAAUUUUACUAGACCACCUGCUCCAUUGCACAGUCCAACAAGCUCUGAACUAAUUACCGUGGACGGCGACAUCCGUGAUUGGAUCGAUGCAGGCGUGCCGGCCAAUUUAUUAGUCCUCGGCCUUCCAUUUUUUGGCCGCAGUUGGGUUCUGCAAAAUGCUGAUGAACAUGAAAUAUCCUCGGCGGCUAAUGGAGCUUCGACUGAUGACCCCAUACCUUAUUCCCAAAUCCUGGAUUUUAUACAAGAAAACAAUGCUGUAGAAGUGAAUAAUCCCUCCUACGUCACACACUAUUGCUAUGCCGGGACCACAUGGAUUGGUUAUGAUGGUAAGUAUAGCAUCUUUGAUAAGUCUAGAUAUGCCAUGGAAAAGGGAUUGCUUGGUUACUUUGCAUGGCAUGUGGGCAACGACGACACUGCCGGGACUCUUUCAAACCAAGCUUCCCGAGCAUGGAACGAUAUAUGA